AUGCUCUGGUUACUUCCGUUCACGGUCCAGUCCGGCCUCGAGCGCAUCCGCAACGUACAUCGGGGUGUCUGGCAGCAAGGCGCCGCACCUAACAACUCCAGGAUCGGCACCACCUCGCAAAGAGUCCAGGAGCUUGACUCCGAGCUCGAGGAAGAAGACGCCUCCAUCGCCACCCCGCCCCUCCCUGUUCGGCGGGGCCGUCUGGGAGCGGCAGCGCGCAAGGGAAAGUCGGGAACACCAGCCCGCGAGAGCACGUAUCGCGCCUUUGGAAAGAGGACGGGUCCUUCCACAGCCUACUGCAGUGGGGAGAGCACACCCGACAGCCAGUCCUCCGAGGACGUCGAGGUCGAGUACGCCAUCGAGGAGCGCGAGAUGGCUUCUCUGAUGGAGGACGUCCGCGAUGCUCUGCUGGUCCUGGAUGACGCGGAUAGGCUUCCCCGCUCCGCCGCUCCCUUGCAACCCCGAUCCCGGCCCGUAAGCCCUGUUACAGAUUCCGGUAUCAAGUGGGAUUCUGUCCGUCGAGGACUCACCAAAAUCACCGUCGCCCGCGACGAGAAAAGCCAGCCCCCUUCCUCGCGCAACCCCUCCUUUGAGCGGGCCGAGUUCAUCGGCGGCCUCCGCCACCUCAUCACCUCCCUCCCCUCCGACCUUACACCCUCCGAGACCUCUACACUCCGUUCCUCCCUCCCCGACUCCCUCGCUUCCUCCCUACCCUCCUCCGCAUCCUCCUCCUCAGCUCGCGGCUUCCACGGCACCUCUGGCCCGACCCCCUCCCUCCUCCACCGCCUCGUCAAAACCAUUGUCGCCGCCCACCUCCGCAAGUACCACGUCGCCGGCGUCCUCAUCGGCGGCGCCGUCGACAUGGCCCGCUCCGCGGCCAAGCAGGUCGCCGCCAUGUCCAUCGUCGGCGACAGGACCGUCGGGGAGGCCGUUGCCAGUGGCGUCGCCUGGACGGUGAGCGGCGUGGCGGGCGGCGUGGCUGAUGGCUUGGGAGAGGGCUUGGUCAUCAUUCAGGACCAGAGAAGGUUUUGA